UGCUCGACGGCGGAAGGGUUCUUGAGAUAUCUACUCGAAUCCCCGUCGUUUGAUUUAAUUUUUCAAAGAUAAACACUUCUUUCUUCCAGAGGACUGAGAUUUUGGAGAAUUUGAGUGAAAUCGUUAGGUAGGAGCUACAAUGGAGGAAGAGAAGAAGCCACUGAGGGCGGCGACGGAACCUCCUAGCAGCCAAGUUCAAGAGAUUGAAGAAGAAAGCGGCGUAAAAGAAGAAGCGCCUUCAAAAAGUAGCGGCGGAGGAGGAGGAGGCUGGGGAGGUUGGGGAUUCUCUGCGUUUUCUGUUCUCUCAGAUCUCCAGAAGGCCGCCGAAGAGAUCUCCCGAAAUGCUGCUUCCGUUGCACAGACAGCAGCUAAAAGCAUCGUAGACUUGAAAAAUGAAGAUGAGGAGGUGGAGCCUUCCAAGGAGAAAGAAGUAGAAGAUUCUGCAGCUGAAAGUGAAAGUGAAGACGAGAAUGAUAAGCUACGAAAAUCUGCCUUGGAUAAAUUAGAGAAGGCCAGCGAGGAUUCAGUUUUUGGCCAGGGCUUAAAGGUGCUGGACACUUCUGUGGAGAAUAUAGCUUCGGGAGCAUGGAAAGCCCUGGGAAGUGCAUUGAGGGGGGGCAGUGAUUUCGUUCACAAGCUUGAGAAUUCAGCUGCAAAUAUUGCAGAAACCAUUCAACAUCAAGGAAUACCAGCGGCAGCUGGUUCUGUUGCACCAUCAUUAUUGGAGAAAGGGAAGGCUCUCACAACAAAGGGAAUGGAAGUUCUUGAGCUUGUUGGAAGGGAAACCAUGGAUUUACUGAUUACAGAGACUGGCAUUGAAGUUGAGAAGACCUCUAAUGAAGGCGAACCACAAGCCAAGGAGGAUCAAUUAGAAGAUGAUGAAGUGACAUUCGAUCGAUGCUUUUAUAUAUAUGGAGGUCCAGAACAGUUAGAGGAGUUGGAGGCCCUGUCCAACCACUAUACUUUAUUAUUUAACCGAAGGAAAGGAAAAUUAUCUCAGGACCAGAAAUCUAUGUAUGAUGGAAAGCUUAAACAGGUCCAGCAAGUUUUCAGUUUGAGUAAUGAAAUGGAAGGAAGCAGUUUAACAUUAGAAAAAGGUAAAAAGUUGGAAGUUGGAGAAGAGGGAAAUGAUGAGAUGAAGAGUUUAUAUGAUUCUAGUGUCAGCAAGGCUGCUGAAAUGGCCGCAGGGUUUGGAAGUUCCAUAACCGAACUCGCUGUUCCUGAAAUUAUGCAAAGGACCGUCGACAGAUUAGAAUCGCUUCAUUCGGAAGGAGUCCAUAGACUCUCAGAAAUGUGUUAUUUUGCCGCGUCUCAAUUGCUGAAGCUUGGAAAAUCCAUUAUAACAAAUGCUAACAAAGUUGAGGACGACGACGACGACGAUGACGUAAAAAUCCAAUGGCCCGAAGAUUCUGUUGAAAAAGCUGAAAUCAUUAGAUUAAAGGCUCUAUCCAUGACAGGAUAUAUAGAUUCACUAUCCAAUAGCUUCAUUACAGGCCUUUCGGACGUGUCGAAAGCGUAUCAAGCUGCCAUGAGCGCUGCUCCAGCCAAUUCUCUCAAAGGUCCUCUACAAACAUCAGUACAAGACAAGGCCGAUGCCUUCUCCGAGCAUCUUCGUGCCGAUCACACCACAGCUUUCUGCAAAAUCCAGGACGGGCUUCAAUACUUGUCAUAUCUUGUUCUCUCAACCUCAAUGCCAUCUGCUUGAAGAAUCAGAGACCACCAAACAUUAAACCGGUAUCGACAUGGAAACUCAUGAAUUUGGAGCAAAGGUUUUUUCUAUUUGAUCCAAGUUUGCUGGUAUGUUUUUAAGAUCUUUAGUUUAGCAACUCUUUCAAUAUUAUUGUGGAAGAUUGUCAUGGGAAAUGAAAACAAUCAUUACAGGCCUGCCUUGUUUAAAAUACAUCAAAAAAUGAAAUUAAUGCUUCGAACUUUAGGGUUA